AUGUGGGAAUUGAAGGGCCCUUCUCCUAGUGUAAAAGAGGCGUUCAAUCUCUUAGACAGAGAUGGAGAUGGAAGGAUUGCUUUCAAUGAUCUCCAAGACUUCUUUAGCACAUGCAAACAACAUUAUCUUAGCAAAGAGGAGAUUGAAUCAAUGAUCUCCGUCGCAGACAAAGACCAUAAUGGGUUUGUGGAGUUUGAAGAGUUUGAGGGGCUUGUGACCGAAUUGAUGAUGGUAGAUGAAAAGAAUGAAGAAAACACUGCAUUGGAGGAAGCUUUCAGAGUGAUGGACAAGGAUGGAGAUGGAAUUGUGAGUGUGGGAGAUUUGAAGAGCUUCAUGGGUGAUGCAAUGCACAAUGUGAAUGACGAGGAUGUUGUGGGGAUGAUGAAGGCAGCCGGUGCUUGUGCUCAAUCAGGGAUCUGCUGCAAGGAUUUUCUGGCUCUCAUAACGAUGAUGAUAAAUGGGUCCCAAUGA